AUGGAAUUUCGCACAAAAGCUCACCUCCCACAAACCGACGUCACUAAAGUCAAUGAAAGUGAAUCAAGUAUCGUCGGCAACAGGAUAGCCAACCUGAGCCAACCGUCAAGGGGCAUGUGCAUUAGGCCUUGUUCACAACGAUGCUUCAAAUUUAACAAUGGUGAACGAGGAGUGUGGACAUUCACGUUACGCGAUUCAGAAGAAGAUUCCAUAAACGUGACCGUAUGGGGAAGCGUACAAUUCGUCGAAAAACUGUCUUCCGAUUUCCAUAUCGGCAGUGUUGUGGAAGUAAUUAAUCCAAAAGUGGUAGAACGUCGUCCGGAGGACAAAAACGAACAUUUUGUGCCAUGGGUAUCUAACUCGUGCAAUCUAACCGUAAAUGAGGGCAACUCUUUGAUACAAGUCCAUGACGCACCGACGCGCGCAAAAUACGAACCUUUGCUGAUGUUCCCGAUUAAAAAGCUGACCGAGUUGCGAAGUCUGAAAAGCAUUUUUGAUAACUUGGAGACGUUGCGCGAUCAAUACGUCGACAUUAUGGUCGUCGUUACCUUUAUUAGUGAUAUUCGGAACGUGAUAACACGUGACGGAAGAAACAUAAAAUUUCGUAGCUUCGAGGCAACAGAUGCAUCCACGGUUGACAUUGUAUCUUUAAUAUUAUGGGAAAACGAAUGGAUUGAAAGAAGCGCUCUCUGGCAGCCUAAACGAACCGUACUACUUCUCACAGAUGCUCGUAUCGCUUAUAACAAUUUUAGGAAAAAGCUCGCAUUAUCUAUAGUUAAAAAAACUAUGAUCACCGAGAAUCCUAAUACGCCAGAAGCAACAUCUGUAAGAAGCGCGGUGCAGUGCUUUGAUCAUGACAUAAUGUCCGGAAACUUCGCGACGCCAAAUCCGGACAGCAUUACAACAAUAAUGACUAUACAAGAUAUAUCGGAUAAAUUGAACAAAAAACCAAAGCACGGAGAGAGAAUUCAGUUCGCUACGAUUUUAAAAGCUUACGUAAUGGACAUAAAUGUGGAUAGUUUUAGCCCAGGGACAAUAAUUACAAGAUGCGCGUUAUGCAAGAGAAUUGUUCCCGAUACUCAAGAUUCAUGUAUGAAUCUCGAGUGUCCUUCGGGUAACGGAAGCCGCGUGCCUUUGAACGCAACGUGCCUCAAUUUGAAAGUAAAUCUGAAAGAUGACACGGGCUAUCUUAUUGGCUGUCGAUUGUCUGGAGAAGCGGCUGAACGGGUUAUUGGAUUCACGGCUGCCGAAUUUCAGAAAAUGACAUAUCCACAACGCGCAGACUUGAAGUGGAAGUAUGUGCUGGAAACAUGCGGUAUUCGCUUGCAUAUACUAGGUCCAACAUCCACGAUUCCAACUGCUAUAUAUAAUAUCCUAUCGAUUUCCCGAAUCACAGACGAAGAGGAAGAUACAGGAUCAAUCGAAAAAUGUUUCGAGGGAGUUGACUAUUAAAUAUGUUAUUUUCUUAAUUAUCAUUGUUAAAAGCUACAGAAUAUGAUAACAUUGUAUGAUGUAAUUUUAUUUUUAAUGAAACAUUACAUCACGUUCCGGCAUUGAUAUCAAACAAUCAAACAACGUUUCAAACUA